AUAACGCGUUUACGUCAUAAGUCUGCGCCACGUCUGUCUUCUUCUAGUCAAUGACAAUUUGUGUAUUUUUUUUUAUACGUUUCUGUUAACACGGGUAGUUAAACCAUUAACUACAAUGCAAAGAGCCAUACAUAGAGCCUUAAAUAAUUGGUCUCAGUCUAUCGGUCCAGCGAUGGCUCGCCAGUCCUCAAAAUGCAGAGUGGCCCUGCAGCAGAGCGCACGUGCUUACAGCGUAGUACCGCCUCCGCGUGACAGUGACGAGCAAGAGAUGCUGCACCGAAUGCUGCGCGUGGACCAUGCUGGUGAAUAUGGUGCCAACCGCAUCUACGCCGGCCAGAUGGCAGUGUUAGGUCGAUCCAGGACUGGACCUGUCAUACAGGAAAUGUGGGAUCAUGAGAAGCAGCACCUUGAGAAAUUCAAUGAAAUCCUGGCUGAGAACAGAGUUCGGCCCACAGCAUUGUUACCCUUCUGGAACAUUACUGGAUUUUUAUUAGGGGCAUCCACUGCUCUGCUGGGAAAAGAGGGGGCCAUGGCCUGCACUGUGGCGGUGGAAGAAAGUAUCUCAGAACACUACAACAGCCAGAUAAGAGCUCUGAUGGAGAAGGACCCAGAGAGAUACACUGAACUAUUACAAGUAAUAAAGGAAUUCAGGGAUGAUGAAAUGGACCAUCAUGAUACAGCACUGGAGCAUGAUGCUGAAUCACUACCUGGAUACUGGUUCCUAAAAAAUGCAGUGCAACUGGGCUGCAAGGCUGCAAUAUAUAUUUCUCAGCGUGUCUAAGUCUGUGUGCACAAUAAUCAAAUUGUUCAAAUAUUUGUUUUGAUAUCUUGUCUCAGUUUUUGUAAAUGAGUUAAUUUCUGUUCUAUUGUUUAAAAAAAAAGCAAUAAAAGUACCUUGUAAUAGGA